CAUUAGAUUAUACGCAUGCGCAUUAAUAACUUCCUUUAGAAUUUAUUACAAAUUCUGGGCGAAUCGAAUCUACAUUUCUGUUAUUUCUUGUAGACAUGCUGAAAAACAAGAUGGGCUCAGCACCGGUCAGAAAAGCCUCUCAUUCCGGAAGCUGGUAUUCAGAUGAUGCCAAUGAAUUGGACAGACAGUUGAGUGGCUGGUUGGCAGACUGUUCCAAAGUUGCUGCCCCUGUUAGGGCACUCAUUGCACCUCAUGCUGGUUACUACUACUGUGGUGCCUGUGGGGCACAUGCGUAUCGUCAGAUGGACCCUGCUCGCAUAAAGCGUGUUUUCAUCCUUGGUCCCUCCCACCACGUGCGACUGUCAGGGUGUGCUCUGACUGGAACAGAGAAGUACAGAACACCUUUCUAUGAUCUGAACGUUGACUCAAAAAUGAAUGAGGAGUUGUAUGCAAGUGGCCCAUUCGAGACCAUGAGUAUAUCAACAGACGAGGAUGAACACAGUAUUGAGAUGCAGCUGCCAUAUAUCGCUAAAGCAAUGGAGAGUAAGCGGGGUCAUUUCACAGUGGUUCCAGUAUUGGUUGGGUCCUUAAACCAGGAAAAGGAAGCCCUUUAUGGCUCAAUUUUCGCCAAAUACUUAGCAGAUCCAGACAACUUUUUUGUCAUUUCAUCAGAUUUUUGCCACUGGGGUCAGCGGUUCAGUUACACAUUCUAUGACAAGUCGGCCGGUGAUAUUUGGCAAUCCAUAGAAUCUCUCGAUAAAAUGGGAAUGGAUAUUAUUGAGCGUUUAGAUUCCAAGGGUUUUUCUUCCUACCUAAAACAGUAUCAAAAUACAAUUUGUGGGCGACAUCCUAUAGGAGUACUGUUACAUACGGUGGAUGCAAUGCGGAGCAUAGGGAAUGGUCACCACGUGUCUUUCAGGUUCCUUAAAUAUUCCCAGUCUAGCAAGUGUCAGAACAUGAGGGACUCUUCAGUUAGCUACGCAGCUGGUGUGCUCACCAUACAAUGAUCUGUGAUACAACUAGUUUGUUUGCAAUGGUACCUAUCACAUGUAAUCACUCAAAGUAUACUGAACAAAUGGGAAUGCCAGUAUGUCAAAGAGUCUGCCUGUAGUGUGUGUCGUAUCAGCUUUACACUGCCCUUACACAUGCAAUUGUUUGAUGCAAAAUCCUAACCUUUAUACAUGUAGAUGUUUUUUUAUAUAAAAUUCAUAUUUGCAAUUAAUUACUGGACACAUUCAAUUGGUAUUCUUAUGUUUGCAACAUAGAACCUUUAUAUGAAAUCUUGAUGAAUCUCAUACGAGAUAUAAGAGGGGUGCUUGUAAAGUUUUGUCAAUAUGAAUGAGUAAUCUUUAAACCUUUUCAUUUAAAAUGUUGUAAAAAACUAAUUGUAACCACAGUUAUGUUUUGAAAAAUUUGAGUUCAAUUAAUGUGAGUUUGGGUGAAUGCUUUAUAACAGUCUACUAGAACUGUGUUAUGUUGUACAAUUAUUAUGCAUACAUGUUAACACUUUGUAGCAAAAUUUCGGUUUAUUGAUUAGCUUCAUUAAUUUAAAGUUUAGAUUGCUGUUUAAAUCACAAUCAUUUUUUUCUUCUGGAUUCUAGUGUUCUGGUUACCAACUUUCUUCCCAUAUGUCUCAAGUGUUCACUUGAUUUCACACAUUGAUUUUAAAACAUGUGGUUAGCUGUUUUUAAAACCAACCAUAGAUAUAUGUCUUUAGUUGAAGCUUAUUGCAUAUAGACAAAAACCUUUUGUUUAGAUAUCUAUAUAAUUCAUUUAUACAUAUAAACAAGGUGUAACAAAAUUAAAAAUUUCGACUUCUUUCAUUGAUAUUGAAUUAAGAACAAACAGGGGACUAACACAUCUGUAAUCUCAAUAUUGAUGUCUCAUAAAUGUAUGUAAAAUGUAUGUGAUUUGUAUUGAUCUGCUUUCAUACAUUGCUUAAUAAGAAUGCAUUUUAAAUCGUACUCAUUUCUUAAAGCUUUGCAUGUUAGAAUGAUGGUUGCUUUUUCGCGUUUGAAAGUGCAGCAACAUUUCACCUGAUUCUUUUUAUGCCCCCCAAUGAGGGCAUAUAGUGAUUGGACCGUCCGUCCGUCUGUCUGUCUUUCCGUCACACUUUGCAUUUAGGUUUCUGUGUUUUGGUUUUGAAAAAUGAAUGUCCCUUCAGAUAGCAACUUGAUAUUUGGCAUGCAUGUGUAUCACAUGGAGCUGCACAUUUUGAGUGGUGAAAGUUCAAGGUUAUCCUUCAAGGUCAAAGGUCAAAUAUAUUGCUUCAAACGGCAAAGGGUGCAUUGUGUUUCUAAUCAAACACAUCUCUUGUUAUACCCCCACAAACAAAGUUUAGGGGGGUAUAUAGGAGUGAACUUAUCUGUUUAUUUAAUGGUCGGUCCGUGUCCGCUUUCUAAUACAAGUAGUUUUCAUCCAAUUUUCACCACGCUUGGUCAGAAGUUGUAUCUAGAUAAUAUGUAGGUCAAGUUCGAACAUGGGCCAUGCCGGGUCAAAAACUAGGUCACGGGGUCUCUUAGUGCGUUUUAAACAUUGAGCAUGGUGUCCCCUGUUUUUUUGUGAUGACAACAUGCAAAAUAUUCUGUGUCAAUGCCCCAUGUGGGGUAUUUGUCACGUCUGUGACAAAGCUCUAGUUAUUUUCUUAACUUAGGUUAAUUCAUGCACUGGUUAUAAAACAAAAGAAGCGCAACAGUUAAUAAUUAAGUGUAUAUAUUUUUUGUUUGAAAACAAAUUUUUUAAAUUAGUAAAAAUAACAUGUUGAUAUUCUUUAAAUAUUGAUGUGUAUGUGUGUUAAAUUAAUGGCUGUUCUUUUCCUUUACAUGAGACUGUGUUUGUUAAUAGUUGUUUGAAAAGAUUUAUGAUAUCAUAAUAAUAUUGAUUAUUGGAUGUUAUUCUUGACUGCUGCUCCUCCCAUAUUAUUUGAAACUGUCAUUGCGUGUAUUGUAUAUUAAAUGUUUGAAUGUCAA